AUGAAUGGGACUCAUAACAAUAAUGAUGGUAAUGAUCAAGAUAUUAAAGAAGAUCUUUUGAAAAAUGUCAAAAUACAAGUAAAAAUGCUUAUGGAAGAAGCUGUUAUCCGUGGUUUUGUUCAUGAAGAUAGUGAAACAAUUGGUAAACUUUGCUCAUCUGUUGAAUCAGUACUUCUUUAUGGAAUACGUCGUAAUAUAUUCACUUGGAUAGAAGAAGUAUCUACUUAUAGUUUAUGUCAAAAAAUAACAAAAUUAUGUCCAGAAAUACAACAUACAUUCAAUCGUAUAGAUUAUUAUAAACAAAUGAUUAUUAAAAAACGUAAUGAUUCAGAUCUAAAAAGGAAUAUCUCCCCAUUACGUAAUAAAUCGAAUAAGCCAUUAUUAAUAUCAAAUGAGAAAUUAACACCUUCAAUGAAUUUUACAUUUUGGUCAAAUGAGAAACGAACAAAUCUAUUAAAUGGUCGUCCCGAUACCGUAUUUCAACAUUUUUGGAUUCGUGUUAGUAUUUAUGAAAAAGUAUUAGAUAAGAUUGUUAAAUUUUUAGCUGAUCAUUCAUUACAAUAUUACGAACCAUGGUCUGUUAUUGCGGAUCCAUGUUAUGGGCUAUUGAUUAGUGAUCUAUUACGUGGUCCAUGUACCAUUGAUUAUUCACAUACACGAACACCAGAUCAUUUAUUUACAGAUCCACCAGUUUCAGAAUUAAUACAACGUCGUGGUAUUUACAGCGGUUUAAUGUCUAGACAAUUAGCUUAUGUUCCACCAAUAAGUCAACAAUUAUCAAAUCAAUCCACUGAACAACACGAUCAAACUGAUGAUUCGCAUUUAUUUAAACAAAAUUCAGAAGAUUUAUUCAAUGGAAACAUUCGAAAUAUUAAACAAAUGCCAACGAUCACUUUGAAUUCUUCAAUGGAUGAAAACGACGAUAGCGAUAAUGAUAAUGUUAAUAAAGAAUCGAAUCAUGGAAGUGUGGAUUGUCAUCCACGUAUGCCAAAUGAUACAAUCACUACUACUACUACUAAUAAUAAUAAUAGAUUAGUCAAUAAUCGUAUUGGUAAUGUGAGUAAUACUUCUAGUCAAUCAAAUUGGAUGUUGAAACGUGGCAGUUCUCCAUCAAUUAAUUUAAGUGAUAUGCCAAAUAAUCGAACAAUGAGAACUGGUUCAUGUGCAUUUCUUCCACAAAUGAAUGAAUUUAAUUCAACUAAAUUAAAUCGUAAUUUGAAAUCAAAUAAAGAUAUUGCAUUAGCUGCAAAAGAACAUGUGGAAUCAAUGCAUCAAAGUUUACGAACACGUUUAUUAUAUGGAAAGAAUAAUGUAUUAAUGCAAACGUCUAAUUCAUCUAAUCCAAUACCUGGUUAUUUAUCUUUAAUCGAUAAUGAAUGUGGUAAAUUGAUUAUACUUAAAUGGACACCAAAUUCAGCUGUAACUACACCACAAAAUAUAUCAACAUUAACUAAUAGUCAUAAUCAAGAAUUUUGUUUCUCUACUGAUUCAUUACUGGAUACAAGAAUGGAUUUAGAUGAUUUAAAUGAAAAAGAAACUUACUGGGGUUAUGCCGUUAAAAUCAAAAUGUCAGAUGUUGUUUAUGGACAUUAUCAUGAAUUUGACAAUCAAUAUACGCUAACACUGAUUCGAAAUGAUGGAAUACAAUUAGCUCCAUUUCAUUUUUAUGCUCAAAGUCAUGUUCUUACAUUUCUAAAUUGUUUGGAACAAGGUUUAAAACAACGUGGUGGUUAUUUGAGUCCAUCUUCUGAAUUAGAUACAUCUUCAUCAGUCACAUCAAAUUUUUCCAUGAAAUCUUAUCGUCCAUCAAUGCCAUUCAUUUUUGGAAACCGUAAUUCAUUAUUACCUCUAUCAAUAUCAACAUCAACAACAAAUAAUGAUAAUAAAACAAAUCCAUCCAUAAUAUCAUCUCAAAACUUCUCUUCCAUUUAUAAUAAACCUUCUAAGUCAAAUCAAUCAUUAACGAAUUCAGGAUUGAAACAACGUAUCUAUAUGAAUAUAUUAAAAGCAUUUAAUCAUACAGAUGAUAUAAAUAAUGAUGAAGAAUUACAAACAUCUUAUACAUCACCUAAUGUUUGUAUACCAGAGGAACAAUGCCCUGUUCAACAUGUUUAUCAGAUUGUAUCUAAAACUAGAGAUGGUCAAACAAUGGGAAUGAAUAAUCUCAACACAUCAUCUAUAUUAUCCAACCGAAUCUCUUUAGAAGGUAUUACAGAAGAAAUUGUCAAUGAAUCAGAUGAUGUUGAUGUACAGUCGAAGAACCAACUAUCAACCCAUGAAGAUGUAUUCAAUAAAUUUCGUAUUAAAAUAUUAUCACAUGUAUUUCGUAAAUGGUAUAAUCAUUUUAAUAAACUACGUACAGUACGUAAAAAAUUAGCUGAUCUAGUAUCACCUAAUUUUUUAACCGUGGAUUCACCAACAAAUGCUGAAGAAGGUGUAACUGUAGAAUUUUGGAAUCAAUUAAUGACAAAUUCUAUUCCACAAAUCCCAUUCAGUGAACUUUGUCGACAUAUUUAUUUUGGUAAUUGUGAUCCAACAAUUAGAAAUGAGGUAUGGCCAUAUUUAUUGGGUUUAUAUACAUGGAACUCAACUAGUGAACAAUUGAAUGAAGUCAAUAUACAACAAAAGGAGAUUUAUACCAAUGCUUUAAAUAUAUGGAAUCGUGUUGUACUAUAUUUGAAACAAGAUGUUCGAUAUGCUAAUUUCGUAGCAAUCGUUCCACCUAAAAAUGAUUCAACUGAAUCUAAUGAGUGCUUAUAUGACACGAAACUACUUGUCAAUAAUGAAUUGCCAUUGAACUCAACAAAACAACCAAAUGAAGUAAACAAUAUAGAACUAGAGAAUCAUGUAAACAAUGAUGGUGGUUUAGCUGAUAUUGAUUCUUCAACAGCAACACUUCCUAAUGAAACUUCUACAUCUAAAAUAUCAAAUCUUUCCACUGAUUCACAUUCGCCUAUCAACAAUACAGCUCAAAGUCAAUGUGAAUUUUCGCCAAAUACAUUAGAAUUAUUUGCUGAUAAUUUAUAUCGAAUUGAUAAAGAUGUUACAAGAUGUGAUCGAAAUCAUGAAUUCUUUAUGACACCAAAAAAAGAAACAAAAUCUUCCUUUCAUAACUUAACUGACUUAAGUUCUAAUUUAAUCAAAUUACGUAAUAUUAUAUCAACAUGGGUAUGGUUACAUCUUGAUAUUGGUUAUAUCCAAGGAAUGUGUGAUUUAUUAGCACCAAUAUUAAUUAUUAUACAAGAUGAAUAUAAAACAUUUGCAUGUUUUAAUUGUUUAAUGAAAUGGAUGUUACCAAAUUUUCCAUUGAUCAAAUCAUCAUCAUCAUCAUCUUCAACGAAAUUAUCACCAUCGGAAACACCAUUGUUACUAAGUAGAUCAUCAAUAGAGAAAACAAUCAAUAAUAAUAGUAAUAAUAAUGAUCAUACAAUUAGACGUACUACUUUAUUACAAAUGGCUGUGAAUGCAGCACGUCGUCGGACUAUUACAAUGCAUAGUAAAGAUAAUACUAUAGAUACUACUAAUCAUAAUAAUAAUUAUUCAAAACAACUACAUUAUGAUACGAAUACAUUGCGUUGUACAAAUAAACUCAAAGAAACAUCAUCAUCAUCUCCAUCACCAUCCGCAUCACCAUCCUCAUCACCUUCACGAUCAUCAUCAGCAGCAGCGACAGCAUUGUCAUCAACAUCAUCGUCCACAUUGUCACAGAACGUUACGGAUGUAAUAGAUGAAACAAUUGAACAAUCAUAUCAGAAUUCAAAUUCAAAUAGAAUCAUUUCACCAUAUGAUAAAUUAUUAUUAAAUUCUAAUGAGUUAUCAAUACCAUGUAUGGAUAUAAGAUUUUCUUUUCUUCAAUCAUUAAUAGAAAUCUUUGAUCCAGAAAUGAAUCAUCAUUUAGUUAAAAAGGUGCCAGAAGGACAGUUAUUGUUUUCAUAUCGUUGGUUAUUAUUAGACUUUAAACGAGAAUUGCAAUAUAAUGAUAUCUUUCCAGUAUGGGAAACAAUAUGGGCAUCACGUCAAUUAGUCACUUAUGAUUUUGGAAUAUUUUUCGCUUUAGCAUUAAUUGAAUAUUAUCGUGAUAUUAUCAUUUAUUAUAAUAUGGAUAUAACAGAAAUUAUACGAUUUUAUAAUGAAUUAACAGAACAACAUGAUUGUGUCACACUAUUAGAAUUGGCACGUAGUUUUGUCUUUCAACUACAACAUUUAAUGGUAGACAGGUGA